AUGGCGGAGCUACUCUACAACCCUGAGGUUUUGUCAAAAGCAAAAGCAGAGCUCGAGCAAAUCAUUGCAAUAGUUAAAGAAACCGUUCGGUUACACCCUCCGGUUCCGCUGUUGCUUCCCAGUAAAGCUGGAGCAGAUGUAGAAAUUCAGGGUUUCAUAGUCCCAAAGGGUGCACAAGUGCUUGUAAAUAUAUGGGCUAUAGGCAGGGACGCCAGUAUAUGGGAAAAGCCAAACUCAUUUAAGCCAGAGAGGUUCAUGGGAUCAGAAAUUGAUGUCAAGGGAAGGAAUUUUGAGCUUAUUCCGUUUGGUGCAGGAAGGAGAAUGUGUCCUGGAUUACCAUUGGCAUUAAGAAUAUUACACUUGAUGUUGGGUUCGCUUAUACACACCUUUGGUUGGAAAGUUGAAGGUGGUCUUAAGCCCAAGGAUAUCUACUUUGAAGAGAAGUUUGGUUUAACCUUACAAAAGGCUAAACCCCUACGAGCUAUUCCUAUCAUGGUGUAA